GCUUAAAAGCUAUAUCCAUGCCAUAUGGCCCGUACCUUAUCUGACAGCUCGAGUCAGAUCACAUGCGAUCGAACAGCCUUUUUGACUCCACCGCAUACCCAAAAGUCUGAUUAUCCCCGCUCUAAGGAAUUUUUCCUUGGACUUUGCUGGAUUCGUGGGUAACCCCAUUGUACGUUUGUUGGAACCGCACACUUUUUCGUACAGGCUUGUCCCUUUCUACCGGUACCGAAGCUGGUCGAGCAUCACGAAAACCAUAAUAACAACAACCACGACAACGACAUCGAUCCAACUACAAUACACAAACUACGAUGUCCAAAACCUACACGCCGGAGUUUCUGGCCCAAAAUAGUGGCGAGGACCUGAUCGCUUGCGCUACUAUUUUCAUCAUACUCAACACCACCUUUGUGGGACUGCGGUUCUACGCGAGAUUUACGAAGCAGACCUCACUAGGACUCGACGACUAUGUGAUUGCCUUUGCAUGGGUUGCGAAUAUCGGAUUAUGCGUGCUCGCAAUAACCAUGGUCCCGAUAGCCGGCGUUGGUCGCCACGCAGCAUACAUCCACAAAGCGCACCCGGAGAAGAUAAUGUCAUGGGCGAAAUCGAUAUACGCCCUCGAAUGGCUGUACCUGCCCGCCGUCGCCCUGCCAAAGGUCUCCAUCCUGCUCAUGUACCUGCGCAUCUUCCCGUACGGCUGGGUCAAAGUCUCGACCAAGAUCCUCAUCUUCGUCGUGCUUGCAAACUGGUUCGCCUACCUGAUCGUCUCGUCGCUGCAGUGCAUCCCCGUCGAGUUUCAGUGGGACAAGUCGAUCGAGGGCGGCCGCUGCUUCGACCAGGUGACGUUCUAUAAGACGGUCAAUAUCCCGACGAUUGUUACGGACGUGAUCAUGCUUCUGCUUCCUAUCCAGCCGGUGCUGGGUCUGAAUGCGUCCGUGACGCGGAAGGUGGCGCUUUGCUUUAUUUUUCUUGCUGGCAGUGUAGGUUCCGUCGCCGCAUGCAUGCGCAUGGCCGCCUUCUUCCACACAAACGCCUUCACAGAUAACACCUGGGCCUCCGUCGAACUCGUCGGCUGGUCCGUCGCCGAACCAGGCAUGUACCUCACCGCCGCCUGCCUCAUGUGCCUCCGCCCACUCCUCAUCCGCCUCGGCCGCAAACUGCACCUCACCCGAUUCAUGUCCAAGCACAGCGUGUCGGCAAACUCGGCGACCAACCACAUGCGCACACCGCCGUCCGCGCGCUCCAAGACUACGACCACGGACGUGGACUUGGACAUGGAUAUGGAUGAUGAUGAUGACGACGAUACGUAUGCGCUGCAUGAGCGGUUGGGGUCGGCGGAUAGUAGGGCGGAGAUUGGGGGUGGGGGUGUGGCGCCCGGGACGGCGAGGACGGUGGAGGGGAAGAUGGUGGGCGAGGGUCGGUUUUGAUAUCGGGUUUGUGUAUGAGGUUUGCAUGCUGUUAUGGAUGAGAUGAGGAUUGGGUUUGUUGGUCGGUCGGUCGCGAGCAUUCAUUAGAGCGCUUGGAAUGCGCGAUGUGUGGGUGGGUGGGUGUAAUGUUAUUGUCUGCGGGCAGGCAGAUGGCACACUGCGUGCAU